AUGGCGGAAGAAGCUGUAGUUGAAUCGGUGCCGCCGGAAACCCUAGAAACUCCGCAUCCACCGGCAGCUUCUCCGACCGAUUCGCCCACCGCGGUGGCUUCGGAUCCAUCGCUCUCGCGAAAUGCAUCGUUCAGUAAACUCAACGCGCGAGCUCCCGAGUUCGUUCCUAGUAAGCAACCGCCUCCUCCUGCUGCUCCGUCUCCUCCGCUACCGUCGAGACUGGCUGUGAUCCCGCCGCCUCCUGGCGCGGCUAUGAUGCAUAUGUACUCGCCUGCACCGUCUCCGCCGCUGCCUACGGCGGCGGCUGGUCCGGCGUCUCCUUACCACGUCCCGAUUCACAGCCCGGUGCCCGUUGGUCACGUGAUUCCGGUCCAGAAUCAUCAUCCGCAUCACCAUCACAAUCAUCAUCUGCACCACCAGCAACCGCCGCCGCCGCAGCAGUUCGUUGCGGUUCGGAAUCACAACAAUCACCAUCACCACCAGCAGUUCGGCCAGAACGCUCACUAUGUGUCUGUACAGGGACACGGUAAUCAGCAGCACCAUCAGAAUCAUCAUUACGCGAAGAAGUUGCAGCAGCAAUCGGAGGAAGGCGAGCAGAAUGAGGUUGGCCCGGCGGAUCACGGACGGUCCAAGAACGAGAAGACCGAUAAAAACGGGCUCUCUGAUGAAGCUAUGCAGAAGCUUUUGAAUCAGGUAGAAUACUACUUCAGUGACUUAAACUUGGCUACUACAGAUCAUCUGAUGAGGUUCAUUAGCAAGGAUCCUGAUGGAUAUGUGCCAUUAUCUGUUGUAGCUUCUUUCAAGAAGGUCAAAGCUGCAGUAAAUAGUCAUUCUCAACUAGCUAGCAUUUUGAGGAACUCUUCAAAGCUUAUUGUCAGUGAGGAUGGGAAAAGAGUUAAACGUCAGCAACCAUUUACUGAGCCUGAUAUGGAAGAACUGCAAUCGCGCAUUAUUGUUGCUGAAAAUUUACCCGAGGAUCAUUGCCACCAAAAUCUGAUGAAAAUCUUCUCUUCUGUUGGAAGUGUUAGAACAAUUCGCACCUGCCCUCCUCAAAAUUCUGGUGCUGGGGCUGCGGCAGUGUCUCGAUCUACAAAAGCCGAUGGCAUGCACUUCACUAACAAGUUGCAUGCAUUUGUGGAGUAUGACUCUAUAGAGAUAGCUGAGAAAGCGGUUAUGGAGCUGAACGAGGAAGCAAACUGGAGGAAUGGUCUUAGAGUUCGCCUGAUGCUAAAACGUCCAUCAAAACCUGCUGCUGGCGGACGUGGGAAGAAGGGUCCUGAUGGGCCAGGGCAGUUAGAGGAAGAAGAAGAGGCUUCCACCUCUGAGCAGCAGCCAAACGAAAAGCCGAUCGAGGAUCUUCCUAAACAGCAGCCUGAUGUCUGUGUUAAUGACCAUCCUGCGGAGGACAAUCUGAACAAUGACAAGGACGCAGUACAGAGAAAAGGCCGGGGCAGAGGGGGACGGGGCAAGGGACGCGGUCGAGGCCACUCCCACCACCACAACACCGGUCGAGGAGCAAACCAUGUCGGUGGGCCUGCACCUUCGAGCAGCACAGCAGCCAUGUGCGAGCAGACAGUGAAGCAACCACCGCCACCAGGUCCCCGGAUGCCCGAUGGCACCCGAGGAUUUGCCAUGGGACGAGGGAAGCCGGUCCCUGUUAACACCGCAUGA